CUGGCCUCUCUGCCCGUACUUAAACUGACCAUCUCUUCGAGUCAGAACAUGUACCUUUUAUGUUAUCUCUACCCCCUCUCUUGGAUAUACACGUUCCUCCUUCCGGCAUCUUUUGCAUUUACAUGCACAUAGAACCGCCCGCCCCGCGGCGAUUAGUAUAUAAAUCAACCACCUACAAUAGAGCACCAAGGCGGAAAUGGCCUUUUCACUCAAAAGCCUUUUCCGCACGAACGGCUGGGACGACCGUCCCUUCGCCUUCGAAACUUCUUGGUUCUUCCCACCUUUGGUAUUUGGCAUCGUGCGCAUCGUUAUUUCGGUCUACUCUUUGGUGACCAUCUUGGUCAUCUAUGGCUGGUCAGCUACGCAUGGCCAAACCAGCAACAUUGCUCGGUGGUUUAGCUACUUCACAAACCUGUCAUUCGUGGGAGUAGCUGCAUAUUUCCUUGUCGCAGGAAUACAUAGCUUCUGCUACGCUGCGAGAGGACGGUCGGUGUUGUUCGAGAAAUGGCCGAGAUUUCUCCGCUCGCUGCACAGCCUACUGUAUACAACAGUUACGGUUUUUCCCCUUUUGGUGCUGAUCGUGUACUGGGCGAUCCUGUACCGGGGAACUUGGUUUCCUGUGGUCUUUAACGCCUGGACAAAUGUCUCCCAACACAUCUUGCCAGCCUUCUUCGCGCUCUUCGAGAUUAUCUUUGCCAACGCCUUGCUCAGGCCUCUUAUCCAUCUCCUCUACAUAAUCCUCAUCCUCGUGCUCUAUAUCGCACUCGCCUACAUUACACACGCGGACCAGGGCUUCUACACAUACUCCUUCCUUGACCCGGGUCGGAACGGCAGGCAAACUCGGCGCGUGGCGGCUUAUAUAUUCGCCAUCGCCGGUGCGACUAUUGCGUUAUACGGUGUCGUCAAUCUGAUGAUAUGGAUCCGCCUGAGGUAUACUCGCGAAAGAACGAAAUUGUCGCGGGUCGCAUCACAGCCGGAGGGGGAGUUAAAUCAUGCGGAAAUGGGCAUGGUUGAGCGGACGAAGUAGCAACCCCCAAGGAGGAAGAGGGAACGGGAACUUGGG